CAACCUGCGGUCCUUGUCAGCUCGCUUGCUGGUCACGUCACCGCUUGCCCAUCAUGUCGAAUGCCGAGGAGCUGCUGAGAGAUUUUGAAGACGACGAUGAGGAUCUUCAGAUGGACGAUGGCCUCGAGGGGGAGGGCGAGGGGGUGGAUGAGGAGCAGCUGGCACAGGGCCCCGAGGUCACCAAUGAGUUUGAUGUCGCUUUGUCGACCGCCGACGAACUGACCCGCCUACACAAAGUGCUGCGCGACCACUAUUCGAUCCGAUUUCCUGAAUUAGAAACCCUCGUGACCACUCCUAUCGACUACGCGAAAACCGUUGCUAUUUUGAAGAAUGGCCCGCUCAACGAUAUCAAGGCCCUGUCGACCUCGCCGGACAACAUGGUUGGCGUGCCGCUGAGAUCGAUACUGGAUGGCCCAUCCUUGAUGGUUGUUGCGGUGGAGGGUACGACUACCCGCGGUCGGGAGAUGGCGGACUCCGAAUUGAAGAUGGUCCUCGAUACCUGCGAGCGGAUUUUGACGCUGGAUCGCGAACGGACGGCGCUUACGGAGAGCAUUCAGUCACGGAUGAGCCAGAUCGCUCCCAACUUGGCGGCCUUGAUUGGGCCGGAGACGGCCGCGCAGUUCUUGAACCAGACAGGAGGUCUGCUCGAACUGGCGAAAAUACCCGCGUGCAAUCUGGCUGCACAGGGCUCGAAGAGAUCGGAGGGAUUGGGCUUUGCUACGAAUAUCGGUAUCCGGUCUCAGGGCUUCCUCUACAAUUCACCGAUCAUCCAGGGCGUCCCGAAUGAUCUCAAGCGUCAGGCCAUUCGUAUCGUCUCCGCUAAAAUGGUCCUUGCUACUCGAGCGGAUGUCUCUAAAUACAGUCCCGAUGGUUCGUUGGGUGAAGACUUGAAACAGCAGUGUUUCCAGCGACUAGAGAAGCUCACGGAACCCGCGCCGAACUCGGGCGCGAAGGCACUUCCGGCCCCGGAUGACAAGCCGUCCCGCAAGCGCGGUGGAAGACGGGCUAGAAAGGCCAAGGAAGCAGUCGCUAUGACGGAGCUCCGCAAGGCGCAGAAUCGGGUUGCUUUUGGUAGGGAGGAGGCAGAAGUUGGUUAUGGUGCUGGAGAGGGAACAGUCGGACUGGGAAUGCUUGGUCAACAGGACGAUGGGCGCAUUCGUGCGACCCAGAUUGACCAGAGAACCCGGGCGAAGCUCAGCAAGAACAACAAGGGCUGGGGCAACGCAACUCCCGUCAGUGGCACUUCUACCUCUCUCCGCGCAUUCGGCUCUGGUGCCAGUGGGACGGCGAGUGUGCUUCACGCCAAAGGUCUGCGGACUUCGGGCAUUGGCACUUCCCUGGGAGGGUCUGCGGGCACUGCCAGUACUAUCGCUUUCACGCCUGUGCAAGGCCUGGAGCUUGUUGACCCCAAGGUGCAAGCGGAAUUGAGUCGGAAGCGCAAGGCGGAAGAAGACCGAUGGUUCAAGUCCGGCACUUUCACUCAAGUCGGUGGCCAGAGCAGCACCGCGCCCCAGGGGGGAAGUGGAGGCUUUAAGGUUCCGGCUUUGCCUCCGAAGAAAAAGGUUGAUACAGGCGAUGGCAAGAUGGCGCCGCCACCGCCGCCGAUGAAGCAGUAACGGGGCGGCUGUCUGUUUUCAGGGUUACGAGCAUUCACAAGGCGUUAUAACCGGAUUUUGCAUGAUACCAUCAAGAACUGUAUGAUAGGAAUAAAUCAAAAAUACCAGUGUCUA